AUGAUAUUUAGUUUAGAUGAAGAAUUAGAGAGUUUGUCAUUAAAUAAGACUCCUGGAAACGCAAUAGAAAGUGACAAUGAGUCACCUAUAGAUGACAAUUUUCUACCUGUCAGUUCAAAACCUAUUUUUGGAUCAGACAGUAGAGGGAGGAGAAGAUCAUCUGUAUAUGAGAAACUUCAGGUAAUGAAACCAACUGGUUCAAAAAAUUUAGAAAUCCCAACUUUUAGUACAUCGUUGUCAUCUUCUGUUAUUUCUAGAGGUGGAGUAAUUUUGAAUCUAAGUGAAGACGGUAAUAUUGGAAUUAAAGAUUUAAGUAGGAACAUUAAUGAUUUCAAGCCUGUUAGGGUGUUAGGUAAGGGCGCCUAUGGUAAAGUUAUCCUUGUUAAAGAUAAAAAAUCGAAAAAACUUUAUGCGAUGAAACAACUGAAGAAAGCAGAAAUUGUAAUAGUAGAUGAUAAUAAUGGCAAUAAUAAUAUUAGUGAUAGUGAAACGACAAUUGCUCAUACAUUAUCUCAAAAAAUCAAAUCGGAAACUAAUUUAACAAAACGUAUAGAAAGAACAUUUGCCGAAAAGGUAAUUUUAUCUGAACUAGAACAUCCAAACAUUGUAAAAUUAUUUUAUGCAUUUCACGAUCAUUCAAAGCUAUAUCUUAUAUUACAAUAUAUUCCAGGUGGUGAAUUAUUUUUCCAUCUGAAAGAACAAGGAACUUUAAAUGAAGAUGUAGUAGCAUUUUAUGGUGCAGAGAUAAGUUGUGCUUUGAAAUUUCUUCAUGAAAAAGGUAUUGUUUACAGAGAUUUAAAGCCUGAAAAUUGUUUAUUGAAUUAUACAGGGCAUUUAGUAUUGACAGAUUUUGGCUUAAGUAAAAAGGGUGUCAAGAAAGAGAUUCCGGGCGCAGAUGAAGAUGUUGCUGAACUGUAUUCCAUUAUUGGAACGCCAGAAUAUUGUGCACCAGAAAUAUUGGAAGGAUUGCCAUAUACUCAAAAUUGUGAUUGGUAUUCAUUGGGUUGUUUAAUAUAUGAUAUGUUAGUUGGUAAGCCUCCGUUUGUAGGCGCUAAUCAUAAGAUUAUCUUAAAUAAAAUCAAAAAAGAUAAGACUGGAGCAAAGAUCCCGUACUAUUUAAGUGACGGUAUGAAGGAUAUAUUAUGUUGGUUAUUGAAGAAAGAUUGCUCCAAGAGAUGGGAUGUCGAUAAAUAUUGGAAAGAAUCUCAACAUUCUAAGAAGAUAGAGAAAAAAAAUAAGAAAGAAAGAGUACUAAUAUUUCAAUCACAUUUUAUAUUCAGAAAAAUUAACUGGUUUCUAAUGGAAAAUGGUGAUUUACAAAGAACAAGCAUGGGACCCAUUGUUCCAUUAAUCACAGAUUGGGAACUGGCUGAAAAUUUUGAUGAGGUAUUUACAUCGAUGUCAUAUACUGAUGAUGAGUUUGAGAUGCCGUCUGAUACUUUUGAAAACGCUGUCGAUAUUAAAGAGAAGAAGAAUAUGAAUGAUUUAUUUAAAGGAUUUAGUUAUAAAGCCAGUGGGAGUUAUUUAGAAAGAUAUUUUUAA